AGAGGGCUAGGAAAAAGUUGUCUUUCUCGUUCUUUUGCAAAGCUAAUCUUUAGUAAAGUAAAUUUGCAUAUCAGUGGGUACACUCUGUCCAAGUGUGACUUCUGUAGUAGCAUGGUCUUGAUUUCCUUUUCUAUUAAAAACUAAACAAGUUCAGCUUCAGAAUAAUUAGUAAAUUUGGGUGAAGUUCCUAAAAACUUAAUUUCCUAUAGCAGUGAUGGUGAAAAGUAAAUGAUAAACAGCCCACUGCGGCAUGCCUGCCGUAGAUUGACCACCACUGCCCUGUAGCCUGCUAAACAAUGGUGAACCUCCGCACCUGGUCUUCUCAGUUUUUCAGGAGCAGAGUCAUUUGUCAGUGUUUAUGGAGAAUAUGCUGUGUGCCAGUAUUGAGCUGUGCUCCAGAGAGAGGGAAACAGCUACUCCAUCAUGGUUUCCUGGUGGGAAGACAGAUGUGUGGAUGAUCCCUAUAAACUUCAUGUCUGUGCUGACUCUGGGUUACUUUACAGAAGACUAGGAAUGGUAGUUUCUACUUUUCAGACUGCAGACUAAGAAGCUAAAGAGAAGCCUAUGUAAAUAACUGACGCCUCUCCUGCUGUCCUCUUGUGUUUGGAGAACCUUUGUUUCACAUAUCUGAGGAGUUAACUAGUACCGUCAUUAUGAAUGUGACAAGCUUAUUUUCCUUCACAAGCCCAGCUGUGAAGAGACUUCUUGGGUGGAAACAGGGUGAUGAAGAAGAAAAAUGGGCAGAGAAAGCUGUUGAUGCUUUGGUGAAAAAACUGAAGAAAAAGAAAGGUGCCAUGGAGGAACUUGAAAAGGCUUUGAGCUGCCCAGGGCAGCCAAGUAACUGUGUCACCAUUCCCCGAUCAUUGGAUGGCAGGCUGCAGGUCUCCCACCGGAAGGGACUGCCUCACGUCAUUUACUGCCGUGUGUGGCGCUGGCCUGAUCUUCAGAGCCACCAUGAGCUAAAACCACUGGAGUGCUGCGAGUUUCCUUUUGGUUCCAAGCAGAAGGAGGUCUGCAUCAACCCCUACCACUAUAAGCGAGUAGAAAGCCCUGUUCUUCCUCCAGUGCUGGUUCCAAGACACAGCGAAUAUAAUCCUCAGCACAGCCUCCUAGCUCAGUUCCGUACCUUGGGACAAAACGAGCCUCACAUGCCACUCAACGCUACUUUCCCGGAUUCUUUCCAGCAACCCAACAGCCACCCAUUUCCUCAUUCUCCCAACAGCAGUUACCCAAACUCUCCCGGAAGCAGCAGCAGCACCUACCCUCACUCUCCUACCAGCUCAGACCCAGGCAGCCCCUUCCAGAUGCCAGCUGAUACGCCUCCGCCUGCCUACCUGCCUCCUGAAGACCCCAUGACUCAGGAUGGCUCUCAGCCAAUGGACACAAAUAUGAUGGCGCCUUCACUGCCCUCUGAAAUCAACAGAGGAGAUGUUCAGGCAGUUGCUUAUGAGGAACCAAAACACUGGUGCUCCAUUGUCUACUAUGAGCUCAAUAACCGUGUGGGUGAAGCGUUCCACGCCUCCUCCACAAGUGUGUUGGUGGACGGCUUCACCGAUCCUUCCAACAAUAAGAACCGUUUCUGCCUUGGGCUGCUCUCCAACGUUAACCGGAAUUCCACAAUCGAAAACACCAGGCGGCACAUUGGGAAAGGCGUUCAUCUCUAUUAUGUUGGAGGGGAGGUGUAUGCCGAAUGCCUCAGUGACAGUAGCAUCUUCGUGCAAAGUCGGAACUGCAACUACCAUCACGGAUUUCAUCCCACUACUGUCUGCAAAAUCCCUAGUGGAUGUAGUUUAAAAAUCUUUAACAACCAAGAAUUUGCUCAGUUAUUGGCACAGUCUGUGAACCAUGGUUUCGAAACAGUCUAUGAGCUCACAAAAAUGUGCACUAUUCGCAUGAGUUUUGUGAAGGGCUGGGGAGCAGAAUACCACCGCCAGGAUGUUACCAGCACCCCCUGCUGGAUUGAGAUACACCUGCACGGCCCACUCCAAUGGCUGGAUAAAGUUCUCACCCAGAUGGGUUCACCUCAUAAUCCUAUUUCAUCGGUGUCUUAAAUGGCCUCAGGCUUCUGCGGUUUGAAGACUAUUGAGCCUUGCAUGUACUUGAAGGAUGGAUCAGUCAGACACAAUGGAGAGCUGACAAAGGAGCCUCGAUAAUACUUGACCUCUGUGACCAACUGUUGGAUUCAGAAAUUUUAAAACCUUGGUAACAUACUGUUGAUAUCAAGAACCUGUUUAGUUUACAUUGUAACAUUCUGUUGUAAAAUCAACUAAAAUGCAGACUUUUAGCAGGACAUUGUGUAUAGUUAAGAGAUGGCCAAGCCAAGGACAAAUUAUCUAUUAGAAAAAUGGUCCUAAGAGAUGCUUUUGUGUUUGGCACUUUAAGGCCAUCAUUUGGCGGUUUAGCAUUAAUAGUCUUUCUGAAGUGUGUUUUUAUCAGUUUUAGAGCCCAUGUUGAAAUUUUUCAUAAUAUUUUAAAACUAUUUGUUGAGUAAUGGUUUUGUUUUUUAAGUAAAGGUUAAUCUUUAUGAUAUACAUAGUAAUCUUUCUAAAAUUGUAUGCUGACCAUACUGCUGUCA